UCCCCCCCUUCUUUCAAAAAUUGCGGUCCCGGUCCCCGUCCCCGUCCCCGUCCCCGUCCCCCCAUAAUCAGCAGCACAUUCCGCGUUCAACUCCUCUCCGCCCAGAUUCCGGCGACUCUGAUACAGAGCUCCAAGAGGUAAAGGGUAGGAUGAACAAGUUUUCCUCUUUUCGAUGAGUGGUCGACUGUAAUGGGUUUGGGGGAAAAGACCCACAUUUCUGGAAUUUUGUGUGGACAGGACAGGCUUCUCUGAUCUAAUUGUAUUUGGCAGAGAAGAAGAAAGCAAUGGCAGACGCAAAGCCUGAAACUCCCUUGGUCCCUCAAUCUUCGUCGCGGAAUCUCCCCGACUUCAAAAAAUCGAUCAAGCUCAAGUACGUGAAGCUCGGGUACCAUUACCUGAUCACUCAUGGAAUGUACCUUUUCCUCACGCCGCUUGUUGCCGUCAUCGCUGCUCAGCUCUCCACAUUCUCCUUCAAGGACAUUCUAGACCUUUGGAUCCACCUCCAGUACAACCUCAUCUCGGUCAUCCUCUGCUCGACCCUCCUCGUGUUCUUGUCCACCCUUUAUUUCCUCACCCGCCCUCGCCCUGUCUACCUGGUCAACUUCUCGUGCUACAAGCCCGAAGAGUCCCGAAAGUGCACCAAGAAGAUCUUCAUGGACCAGUCUUGGAUGAUCGGUGCCUUCACCGAUGAGAGUCUUGAUUUCCAGCGUAAGAUCUUGGAAAGGUCUGGGCUUGGGGACUCAACUUACCUCCCCGAGGCUGUCCUCAACAUCCCUCCUAACCCAUCUAUGAAGGAAGCCAGGAAGGAGGCUGAGGCUGUGAUGUUCGGUGCCAUUGAUGAACUCUUUGAGAAGACCGCUGUGAAGCCCAAAGACAUCGGGAUAUUAAUUGUGAACUGCAGCUUGUUUAACCCUACCCCUUCUUUAUCUGCAAUGGUGAUCAAUCACUACAAGCUCAGGGGGAAUAUAGUCAGCUAUAAUCUCGGUGGAAUGGGUUGUAGUGCGGGUUUGAUCUCAAUUGAUCUUGCGAAGCAGCUCCUUCAGGUUCACCCAAAUUCAUAUGCGCUGGUGAUAAGCAUGGAGAACAUUACAUUAAACUGGUACUUUGGAAAUGACCGGUCAAAGCUUGUCUCGAACUGCCUGUUCCGAAUGGGUGGGGCUGCAAUUCUUCUCUCGAACAAGAGGUCUGACAGGUGGAGGUCCAAGUACCAGUUGGUUCACACUGUGCGGACCAACAAGGGAGCUGAUGAUAAGUGCUUCACUUGCGUUACACAAGAAGAGGAUUCCACUGGGAAGGUUGGUGUGACGCUCUCAAAGGACCUAAUGGCUGUUGCAGGCGAUGCCUUGAAGACUAACAUCACCACAUUAGGGCCUCUCGUCCUUCCAAUGUCUGAACAAUUGCUCUUCUUUGCCACUUUAGUUGGGAAGAAGCUCUUCAAGAUGAAGAUCAAACCCUAUAUUCCUGACUUUAAGCUAGCUUUUGAGCAUUUCUGUAUUCAUGCGGGAGGGAGAGCAGUUCUAGACGAGCUGGAGAAGAACCUGCACCUCUCUGAUUGGCACAUGGAGCCUUCAAGGAUGACACUUUACCGAUUUGGAAACACCUCGAGCAGCUCUCUCUGGUAUGAACUGGCUUACACAGAAGCUAAGGGGAGGAUUAAGAGGGGAGACAGGACAUGGCAAAUUGCCUUCGGCUCGGGAUUUAAAUGCAACAGCGCAGUGUGGAGGGCUCUGAGGACCAUUAACCCCAAGAAAGAGAAGAAUCCUUGGAUGGAUGAGAUCGAUAAGUUCCCUGUGGUUGUCCCGAAGGUUGCCUUAAUUUGAGGAUGUUGGAAAUGGUGUUGAUCCUGCUCCUAGGCAGCUGGGUGUUUAAUUGUUCUUCUGCCUGCUCGAAUCAUGUAACUUAUCGUUUUCUCAUUUGGGGAUGUCCUGAUUCACUGUGUCCUGUUCUCUGAAUUGUAGGGAGAUUAGUUCAUGAGAGGGUCGCAAUUCUUUUAUAAUUAACUUCAGAGAUAGGAAUUUAGCUUCUGGGUGAGUUUCAUUGAUUUCAGUUCGAUGUGCAAGGGGUUAUAUUGCCUAGGGACAGCUAGGAAUUGUGGACCUCUUGUUAUAUUAUUAUCAGUGAUCGGCAGUUGAUAUUCAUUCCCGACGUAUGAUGUUUCUGGCA